AAGAAGUGGCACCCAUGCAUUCAAGACGUGAUACUGGGGAGUAUCUGUGCUGUGAAGUGGUCUCCAUGCAUUCCAAAUGUCAUACCCGGUCCUGGUUCCUAGAACUCGAACACAAACCCUUGGUCACACAGCUCACCAACAACAGCUCACUCACACAUAGUUGCAACAGCAGUAACAGCAGCAGCAGCCGCAGUAACAGCAGUAACAGCUGCAGAAGCAGCAGUAAAAGCAGUAACAGCAGCACUAUCAGCAGUAGCAGCAGUAACAGCCGCAGUAACACCAGUAACUGCAGCACUAACAGCAGUAACAGCAGCAGCAGCAGUAACAGCAGUACCAGCAGUACCAGCAGUAACAGCAGCAACAGCCGCAGUAACAGCAGUAACAGCUGCAGAAGCAGCAGUAAAAGCAGCACUAACAGCAGCACUAACAGCAGUAGCAGCAGUAACAGCAGCAGUACAACCCGUAACUGCAGCACUAACAGCAGUAACAGCAGCAGCAGCAGUAACAGCAGUAACAGCAGUACCAGCGGUACCAGCAGUACCAGCAGUAACAGCAGUAACAGCAGUAACAACAGUAACAGCAGUAAUAGCAGCAGCAGCCGCAGUAACAGCAGUAACGGCUGCAGAAGCAGCAGUAAAAGCACUAACAGCAGUAGCAGCAGCAACACCAGUAAAUGCAGCACUAACAGCAGUAACAGCAGCAGCAGCAGUAACAGCAGUAGCAGCAGUAACAGCAGUAACAGUAGUAGCAGCAGUAACAGCAACAGCAGUAACAGCAUUUGCAGCGGUAACAGCAUCAGUAACAGAAGUAACAGCCGCAGCAGCAGCAGCAGCAGUAACAUCAGUAACAGCAGCAAACAACAGUAACAGCUUUUGCGACGGUUACCCCUCUCCAA